AUGCUGCUCCAACCGCCCGAGAUCAAGACCAAGCGUGCAAAAGGCGAGCUUGAGGGCAAGGUGGAUGACGACAAUGUGGAGAAGAAAGAGCGGAGAAGAGUAAAGUCGAAUGGCAUCGAAGUGGGAAAGGUCAUGAUCGGAUCGGAUGCGUCGAGUGUGCUUGAAUGCUCCGAAACCUCUGAGGCUCUCUCGACCGCUCGGCCUCGGAAGAAGGCUAAACGCUCGACGAAGCAAGCUUUCGACACCGAGCUGCUCGAUAAGACGCAGCAAGAGCAGCAUCGGCAGCUUGAGCGGCAUCUCGAGCGCCAUGACGUCAGCCAGGUGCACGAAGCAGCGAUCGAGUGGAUGCACCAAGCUCCAGAAGCCUGGGCCAUCAAUGUCGACACCUUUGCGCUCGCAGUGCCCAUUUUCCCGCCCAAAGCUCACACCUUUAUCAGCCAAGGCGGAUAUGCUAGAGGACUCAGACUCGGCUUUCAUCGCGACUUGACCGUUUUGCAUGCUUGGAGCGUCGACGAGCAAAGCAUCGUGCUGCAGUAUCGCUUCCCACCGCCUUCGGCCCGUCAAGCUUGUUGGUCGGACAAGGCGCCUGUGAAGCAAAAGUUGCAAGGACUCGCACGACCGCUCGCGCUAAUUCAGUCGUACGAGCAAGGAUCGCAGGUCUGUCUUUUUCUUCAGAAAAUAAAAAGCGCAUCUUCAGCAUCCUCAUCCCAGCUCAGCCUUCCGACAUCAGACGGGGAGAAAUUUCUGCAAACGCUUUUGCCCGACGGUGUCGAUGUGGUCCUGCUUGGCAGAUUCUCGAUCACGGGUUGCCACCUUGUGGAGCAGCAGACUCAAGGUGAGGCGUGGCAUCUGCGCCUCACCUUCAAAUGGAGCAAGAGCCAGGGCGAGCCGUGGUUCCAUGCCUCAAUGACGCCAAGAGAACACAACGCCAGUUUGGAGGGAAAAGACAGCAAUUGGACUCGAUCAGCAUCUGACCAACGUUUCGACAGGUGCAGCUUGUACCCUCCCUUGUACGUAAUGCCGCCGACGCACAGCCCAAGCGGCUUUUCGGGAAGUCCAGUCCCUACGCUCUGCUCUUCGAUCAUCUGUCCAGCGUGCGGAUGCGCGACUCCUCGACUUCACUGGACAGGCUGGACGUGUCCCAAUUGCAAGCGCGACUAUUCCGCCCCUGCGCUGAUGGUGAAGCGAGAUGUGUACAUGGGGCGCCUUCGACUGAGAUAUCAAGGUCCGCGUAUGGAUAAUGGGCAUUGCACUGUGGAUCUUCAAGCGGAAAUAAAGCACGCUGCAACAGUCUGGUCCGACGGCAUCAAAUCCGUCACCUACGCCAGCAGACCCACUCGGCCCACGACUGCAAACGGUGCAAGCAAGCUGCUGGGCCGUACUCACACUGCAGCAGCAGCAGCAGCGCCUUUGAUGCAUCAUUUUUUGGCCAGCGGAACGUGGCUGGAUCGAGCAGACGAUCUGCUACAAAGGUUGAUUGCGCGCGACAUGCCUUACGAACGCGGAUCAAGCUCUUCUCGACAGACUGCCAAUCUUUACGUUUCGCGCAUAUGCGGCGUGAAAGCGGAUUGCCAGCAGUCGCCUCAGCAAGGACUGUACACGUCCAAACUUUUGGACUUGCAACGGGCGCCCGAAGUUUUUCUGGAUGUGGCGCAGUAUGCCGACGAUGCGACCAGACGCUUCGCAGAGAGACCCAGGAAUGCGAUCAAUGAUGCGACGGUUUGUGUGGGGGUCAAGAUGGACUUGCAGCCGCUCGAUCAUGCUGACUUGCAUGGCUGGCUACAACUGGUGCAUUUCGGUAGCGAUGCGCACAUCACCCUAUCCCGCAAACCUGACGUCCUCAGCACUCAGACUAGCUCGACCAGCAACCCUGCCCAGCGCGCACGUGGCGCGUCGAGCCCUCGGCCCCGGUCUCGAGUGAUCGCCACUUGGCAAUUGGACCAUGGAGAUGUGCUCUUUGUCCAGGAUUGCAAGAGCCUCGGUCAAGAGUACGAGCUGAGAUUUCACGGCAAAGUGGGACUGUCCAUCUUGGCUUUGUGCAGAUACCUUGCUCCUUCUCCAUGA